AUGGCAGGAUGGUUGAAGAGAGAGAAUGAUACUCUUCAGGGAGCACAGAAACUGGGGGUUUUGUUCGAUCUAGGAAUAGAAAACAAUGGCGGUUCCGAUGUUAACUGCACCUUCACUAAAUUUCUGAAGGCUUUUUUGGAAGAUGUUUACGGCAUUUCUUGCUUGAGAUCGCUGCCGCCGGUUAUUGGUGAGGGGCAGGUUGUUGAUCUGCUGAAGCUUAAGAUUGUUGUGAAGAAGAGAGGUGGGUAUUGCAGAGUUUCGGAAAACGGGCUAUGGAGCUCGGUAGCUGCUGAUUGUGGGGUUGAUUUGAGGUUUUCAGCUGCUUUAAAGUUGACAUAUGUGAAGUAUUUGGAUUCAUUGGAUAGAUGGUUGAGGAAAAUUGAGAAAUGUAGAGAGGAGGGAGUGAGUGAUAUUGUGGAAAGGUAUCUGGAUUUUAGUCGGUUUUUGAUUGGCUUGGAAUCAGAUCCGAAGGUUUUCAUGUCAAGUAAAAUUGAGAGAGGUGAUGGUUUUGUGGUAGUGAAGAAGAGGGAAUUUGAAGGAAAUAAGGGGUUUGUUGGUAUCGAUGUUAAGGGUGCCGAUGAUAAGUGGAGCAACAAAAAUAGCGUUAGUGAUGAUGUGAAUAUUAUAAGUAAGGGGCAAUCUAUUGAUAAGGGCAGUGAUGGUGAUGAUCUACAAGUGGAUCGGGACUCCAUUAGUAAGAAAAGGAAACUAGAGUGCUACACAGGCACGCUGAAUUGGAUACAUAAAGUUGGAAAAGAUCCUACCAGGGUUACUGUUGAGCCAUUACCUGAAGGGAAGAAGUGGAAAUGUUAUGGGAGUGAGCUGCCGUGGAAGCAAAUUCUCGUUAUUCGUGAGGCAAUGCUUUUGAAAAAGAAUGUCAAUGCAGGGUCUCAACAAUCUGCUUGGCAGAAGAAGCAAAAGAUGCACCCGAGCAUGUAUGAUGACGACCAAUGUGUUUCUGAAAGGUUAAGGUGCAGUCUGAGGGUCCUCUCCUCCAAGGAUCCUUCUCAGAAGUCAAGAAAUCGGGGUGGAGCUGAAUCAUCUUCCUCAGAUUUUCAGACCAACGAGGAUAAUGUUGACUCCCCAAUCUAUUUGAGCAUCUACAGGAAGAAACGAGUCCCCAUAGGCUCAAAUCAUCAAGCAGAUUUGCUCGAGUUCCAAGGUGAGGAUUAUGAAAGUGAAACUAGAUGGUUGGGUACCAAAAUCUGGCCUUUGGAUAAAGCAGAACAAAAGAAGAAAAGCCUAAUAGAAAGGGACCGUAUAGGAAAGGGGAGGCAAGAGUGUUGUGGCUGUCAAUUUGCAGGAUCUCUUGAAUGUGUGAGGUUCCAUAUUAGAGAAAAGAAGCUGAACGUGAAGCUUGAACUUGGCUCCGCUUUUAAUCUAUGGAAACUUGAUAUGAUGGGAGAGGACGUCGCCUUCUCAUGGACAAAUGAAGACCGGAACAAGUUCCAGCAUACAGUGCAGUCCAACCCUCUCUCAUCAGGAAAAUACUUCUGGAACAAACUCUUUAAGCAUUUCCCUCAGAAGGGAAGGGAAGCCUUGGUGAGCUACUACUUCAAUGUCUUCCUUCUCCGAUGUAGAGCCAACCAGAACAGAACCAGCCCGGUCAACAUCAACAGUGAUGACGAGGGGUCAGGAUAUGGGCCGAUUGCUAAUAGAUUUGGUGCUGGUUUGAAUUUUUGUUCCCCAAACAAACCUCAUUUGAGUAGCAGAUAGGUUGCUGAGGGAGGCAUGAAAAGUGCAUUUUUUUUUGUUCGAUAGAAGCUCAUUUUGAUUUCGCAGAGUCAGCCAUGCCCGGUUUGAGGUUCACAAUUGGUUGAGUAUGAUAUGUGAAGGACAAUCAGAAGCAAUU